AUGGCUCCGUAUGAAGCCUUGUAUGGACGAAAGUGCCAAUCUCCACUUUGUUGGUACGAAUCUGGUGAAGUAAGUGUAUUGGGUCCAGAUUUGAUACCGGAAACUAUUGAGAACAUUAAGAAGAUUCGUGCAAGGAUUCUAACUGCUCAGAGUCGACAGAAGAGCUACGCGGACCAGAGAAGGAAACCGCUAGAGUUUGAAGUGGGAGAGCAUGUAUUUCUUCGGGUGACACCGACAACUGGGAUUAGAAGAGCAAUCAAGACUAAGAAGUUGAAGCCAAGAUACAUAGGACCGUUUAAAGUUCUAAGACAAUUCGGGCUGGUAGCGUAUCAAGUAGCUUUGCCACCUCAUCUGUCUAACUUGCAUGACGUAUUCCACGUGUCACAACUCCGCAAGUACAUGUCGGAUGCGGCUCAUGUGUUGGAGCCUGAGUCGGUGGAGUUGAGGGAAAACUUAACCUUCCAAGUAACGCCAAUGAAGAUCGAUGACACUAGUGUGAAGAAGCUGCGAGGAAAGGACGUUUCAUUGGUUAAAGUUGCUUGGGAGCGAGCAGGAGUAGAAGAGCAUACGUGGGAAUCAGAGUUUGAAAUGCAAAAGGAUUAUCUCAAGAAUGAGUUGAUGAGAAAGAUUGAUAUUGAUGAAAUAAGAAAUUGUGAAUGUGUUGGUCGGAAAUUGCUUAAUGUGUUGGAUUUUGAUGAGAAAAGAAGUUUUGAAAGGUUUGGUAUAGGUUGGAACGUGUAUGGUAAGAAAUGGUGGUAA